AUGUCUACUAUGUCUCAGCGGUAUCUUAGUACUCGGGGUGCCGAGUAUGGACUAUCCUUCGAAGAUGUCGUCAUGAAAGGAUUGGCCUCUGAUGGCGGCCUGUUCAUUCCCGAGGAGGUCCCCUCCCUGCCUCCCUCGUGGGAGACCGAAUGGCGUGACUUGUCGUUCUCCGAGCUUGCGCAUCGCAUCAUGUCCCUAUAUAUUUCGCCCUCCGAAAUCCCCUCCGAAGACCUCAAGACUAUCAUUGAGAAGUCGUACUCCACAUUCCGCCAUCCAGAACGCACCCCGGUCGCCUCGCUGGACCCCAAGGAGAAUUUGUUCUUGCUCGAGCUCUUCCACGGCCCAACCUUUGCCUUUAAGGAUGUUGCUCUUCAAGCGCUCGGCAACUUCUUCGAAUACUUCUUGGUGCGCAAGAACGUCGGCAAGACUGGAAAGGAUCGCCAUCAUUUAACGAUCAUUGGCGCGACCUCGGGCGAUACCGGCUCGGCUGCUAUCUAUGGCCUACGCGGCAAGAAGGACGUUUCAGUCUUCAUCACCUUCCCUAAUGGGAAGGUUAGCCCUAUCCAGGAGGCGCAGAUGACCAGCGUGCUUGAUGCGAACGUUCACAACCUUACCGUCGAGGGUUCCUUCGAUGACUGCCAGGAUAUUGUCAAGGCCCUGUUCGCGGACCCCGACCUUAACUCCACUCACAACAUUGGUGCAGUGAACUCUAUCAACUGGGCUAGAAUCCUUGCUCAAAUCACCUAUUACUUCUACUCAUAUCUCGCUGUCACUAAGUCACCAAACUACACGAAGGGCUCCCAGGUGCGCAUGGUCGUGCCGUCCGGCAACUUCGGCGACAUUUUGGCUGGGUGGUUUGCAAAGCAAAUGGGACUUCCCGUCUCCAAGCUCGUUGUGGCGACGAACGAGAACGACAUCCUCGACCGUUUCUUCCGCAGCGGCGGUCACUAUACUAAGAAGCCCCUUGAUGAGCCCACUGCUACGGGUGUUAAGGAGACCCACAGCCCUGCUAUGGAUAUUCUAGUGAGCAGCAACUUCGAGCGCCUCCUCUGGUUCUUCGCCUUCCAGACCGAUAAGGCCAGCACCGCGGAGGAGCGCCGUCAGCACGCCUGCGAGAGCGUCAGCAGUUGGUUGAACCAGCUGAAGUCAGAGGGCGGCUUCCAGGUUCCCACUGCCGUUAUCGAGGCCGCCAAGGCCGAGUUUGAGAGCGAGCGCGUGAGCAACGACGAGACUAUUGCGACUAUCCGCGAGACCUACAAGAACUGCUUCCCUACCGACCUCCCCUCAGGCAGCCCCAAGAGCUCCAAGACUGGCGGCUAUAUCCUCGAUCCUCACACGGCUGUUGGUGUCGCUGCCUCGCGCCGCUCCAUCCAGCGUAACCCUGGCGUGGCCCAUAUCUCGCUGUCCACCGCCCACCCAGCCAAGUUUGCGAGCGCGGUUGACUUGGCCUUGAGUAAUGAGGAUGGUUAUAGCUUCAGCGAGGUGCUGCCGGAGGAGUUCAUUGGUCUCGAGCAGCGCGAGCGCCGCGUCACGGCUGUUCCUCGCGGUGCUGGCUGGGAGGGUGUGCGUGAGAUUGUGAAAGCUGAAGUGGAGCAGGAGCUUCAGGGCCAACGCUAG